GGGUUGUUCGAAUCUGUUUAAGUUUUUUUUUUCGUAUAUUAUUAAAUGAAGUAUUAACUAUGGCGGGUAGUUUAUGGGGGCAUAUAGACGAGGGCUUGGUUUUUAUUACUCUGGGAUUAUGGUGGUUGUUUAAUGUUUUCAAACGAUAUCUACGGGCUGGUGGGGCGCAACAAUACAAUACCAGCUUGUCAUUCGACUAUGAUUUUAAAGGAAGGAAAGUGAACUUCGAAGUGUACUCUAAGAUAAUCGUCCCAAUAAUAGGACUUUUAAUUGAAUUCUUCAAUAAUGGUGUACAUGUAGGAUUCACCAAUGAGAAUGGGUCGUUCAAAAGAAUGUCUUCACUUCAGCACAUAUCAAUCUAUACGCUGUUUAUACUGAGUGGACUGAUAGAUCUUCUCCAAUACAAGAAUAUUCUCGUCAUAGAAGGACUGGAAUACCUGACGACUGCUCUCACAUUUGCUUGGUAUGGGCUGAUAUUUUAUUUUCAUGUGACACUUGAGAAGCAUUCGAGUGAGAUGUCAGACAUAGUUCACUCCCUUGGCAUAGUAUGGUGUGAAGGGGUGGCCAUUGCUUUGGUUUGGGAAUGGCGAACCGUGGACAAGUUCAUGCCUAACUAUUUUCGUUCCUUGAUGGUCUUAUGCCUUGGCACUUGGUUCUUUCAUAUUCCAUUUUAUCUCUUUGAUUCAAGCGGAUUUCCAGGUACAUCUCCUAAUCCACAUUGGGAUCGAAACAACCAUGCUAAUGUACAAUUUAUUGCCACAAUGUUUGGAUUUCACAUCGUUUUCAACAUCACUCUCAGUCUUAUCAUGUAUACUGUAAUGCGAUUGGUUUAUACCAGAAAAAUGGGCGGUUCCAAGAGUCACGUGAUGUUUCACCGUUUAGCAAAUAACGAAUCAGAACUAACAGAAAACUUAACACUUUUAGAUGAAGAAGUUUGAUGCUAUAUAUAGUAACAAUAGUAACAAUUAAAUAAAAGAUUGUUCCAAAUGUGAUAACCGUAUUUAUUUUUAUGAAGGAAUAGAGCAUGUGAAGUUAGCGCUUCUAAAAAUUCUUAAAACACAUGACAUGAUCAAUGUUGCAUCACAAUUUACAUACAUGCAUAAUUAUGUAUAUUUUAUGGUCGGGACUAUCACUUUCAUAUGAAAACAUUGACCCUUCGUGAUCAAUUCCUA